CUCCAUUCAUCCGCCUGUAGAGCGUACAGUCCCGGUCAGACCCUGCUCAUUCAUCCGCCCGCAGAGCGCACUGUCCCGGUCUGUGCUGCGGCGCGCGUCGGCCUGGAGCUCCAAGCUUUCGCUUCGACAUGUCCGACUCGACCUCCCCGCCCGCCCCCGGGGACGCACCCUGCGCAGAGGCCUUGUUCCGCGGGUACAAACCUUUCAAGCCCGAGGAGCACGGCCUGGACCGCGGCUUCCGACUCACUUCCUUCUCGGACCUGAAGGGAUGAGGCUGCAAAGUCCCCCAGGAGGCUCUGCUCAAGCUCCUGGCGGGACUGGAGCCUCCUUCUGCCGCGGAGGGAGUGGGGAAGACCGGGGAGCAGGAGUUUGAAGUGUCCGGGCCCAGACUGGGCGUGGGCAUGGACUGCUGCGUGAUCCCUCUGAGACAUGGAGGACUAUCUCUGGUCCAAACCACAGACUUCUUCUACCCCCUGGUGGAGGAUCCUUAUAUGAUGGGUCGAAUCGCCUGUGCCAACGUGCUGAGUGACCUGUAUGCCAUGGGCAUCACCGAGUGUGACAACAUGCUGAUGCUGCUGAGUGUGAGCCAAAAGAUGAACGAAAAGGAUCGAGAGCGUGUGAUGCCGUUGAUGAUAGAGGGAUUUCGUGAUGCGGCAGAGGAGGGUGGGACAUCAGUGACGGGGGGACAGACAGUGGUUAACCCCUGGAUCAUUGUGGGAGGAGUGGCUUCUGUCGUCUGUCAGCCCAAUGAAUUCAUCAUGCCUGAUGGAGCCGUCCCAGGAGAUGUUCUGGUCCUCACUAAACCUCUGGGGACGCAGGUGGCUGUGAACGCACACCAGUGGCUCGACCAGCCUGAACGAUGGAACAAGAUCAAACUAGUGGUGUCCAAAGAGGAAGUGAAGGAGGCGUAUCAGGAGGCCAUGUUUUCUAUGGCCACUUUAAACCGCACAGCGGCCGGUCUGAUGCAUAAGUUCCAGGCGCACGCGGCCACAGACGUCACAGGCUUCGGGCUCCUGGGUCACGCCAAUAAUCUCGCCGCGCAGCAGAAGAACGACGUUGCUUUCGUCAUCCACAACCUGCCUAUCAUCGCCAAGAUGGCUGCCAUCAGCAAAGCCUGUGGAAACCUGUUCAACCUGAUCCAGGGCACGUCUGCAGAGACCUCAGGGGGUCUGCUGAUGUGCCUGCCCCGGGAGCAGGCUGCCAAGUUCUGCUCUGAGAUGAAGAGCCAGCGCGCGGCCACCGGGGGGCAGGGUGGAGCCUGGAUCAUCGGCAUCGUGGAGAAAGGAGACAGACGAGCGAGAAUCAUCGACAAACCACGAAUUAUUGAAGUGCCGCCGCGAGGGAGGGAGACCGCCAGCCCGGCAACCAGCCCGGCAACCAGCCCCAACCUUUCGUAAACUACCCAGCAGCCAGCCCUAAUCUGUCAGAGAGCACACAGCCAGCCCCAACCUCACACAAAAAGAGCCCUGCAACCAGCUCAGCAACCAGCCUCAGCCAGACCCAACCUCGCAUAAAGAGUAAAGAUAGCCAGUAUGCUAAAAGUACAAAUUUUGCCUUAUCGCCAAGCAGCUGCAAGAACAGACCAAAAGCUUCAUUUGAACAUGCGAAGACAGCACUGCACAAAACAUGACAGCUCUCGUAUCCAUUGCACAGAGUUGUGGAUGACGUUUGUUGUCAUUUCAAAUCAUAAGUCAGGCAAAAUAAUCAUUAUCAGGCGUAUAUAUUGACAAAGCUUAUCGACCAUCAGUUUCUCUUAUAAAGAGACAUAUUUUCACAUAUUGCUGAAAGCUAAUUUAACAAAUUAAUAAGACAAGACAUUCCAAGACUAUUCUCACCAAUCAGUUAUGAAUUUAACCAGACAAUGGUAUCAUGAUUGUUUAAUUGCUUUUCUUGUUUUGAAUGUAUGCAACAACACCCAGAUUUCUUACUUGUUUCUAAAUAUUGGAAUGAUUUGCGCUGAAGUAAAUGGAGUAACAUAAUCACACUUAAGGAGGGGGUGUUAUGCAGAACCAUUUUUUAAGCUUUCUCCCAUGUUAUAAGAUUGUUUGCUCAUAACCUCACCGAAGAGCUUUUGGAUAUCAUACAGGUUUGAGUAAUCUAGCAAUCUCUACUGGGCCCUUUUCAAACCCUCCUUACGGAUUUUGUACAAGGCUCCACCCACAAGUCUACAACCCCAUGCUCCCACACGACAAUUCUCCAGAAAUAUACAAAAACAUGAUACAAAAGUGAUGUGACAUGCAGGAGUUUCAUUAGUGGGAUGCACACUGACUUAGUGCAGGGGGAAAAGAUAUAUAAAAUAUGAUGUCUUUAGCAAAUAUAGCAUUUUCAAAACAAUAAAAUGCCACAUGGUGAUCUAAAUGCCCCACAGAAGUAAAAAUACCCCCUCUUUAAGUAGUAAAAACAUCAACAUGUAUUAUUAUUCUAAAUUAAAGUCAUUUGCCAUAUAAUGUUGACCCAGUUUUUGGUGAUGGACAAGAAACAAAAUGUGUCUUAAAACGGUGAACAAAGAAGAUGGCUUGUUGUAAAUUAAAAAGUGAAAUAAAAUUUGACCCACAGCCCAGAGAAGGAAUUGAGCAGCUUUCUCUUGAUUUGUGAGGGUCAAAUGUUUUUUCAGUCUGUUAGAUUUGAAAUACAUCGUCCUCUCCUUUGACCUUUUAUGAUGCUUGGCUCUGCACCCCCAGCCUGCGGGAGGAGCUACAGCGGAUGCCCUGGUUUGAGAAGGAAAUGGACUUCUUUGUUAAAAAUCUCAGACUGUUUUUGUAGCCUUCUGCUUUUUACAAUCAAUAAAGUUAUCAAAUUUGA